GCCAUGCAAACGUCCGUAUCCCUGUUCUUGCCCUUUCUCCUCAUCCUGCUACUUCCUGUGCUCCUCUAUUCCGUAGUCAGUAUCGACAGAAUGGGUGGCUUUCAGUUCCUUCCUCUCUCUCUACACCUUCAUCAUACGCCAGGCGGAUACGCUGGCUUUGUUCACGGCGUCCAGACUGGUGGCGUUCUACCCAAUCACUCCGAAGGAGAUGCGAGGAUCCUGGGCGUGCAACGGCGAGACCUCCCUCAAGAUCCGAGCGGCAUAAGAGCCGUCAAUAUCACAUUUCUGGCUGGCUCUUUUGACUAUGUCGGUGAGGUAGUUCCAGAAUCAACGCCUAGUAAGAGAAUGUUGAAGGAAUACAUUGACAUAUCCCCCGACAAUAGUACCCUCUUCUACGUUGAGAUGGAGGCGGGCAAUUGGACGUCGUUUGUUGUCAUGAGAGCCAUCCCUUCCGGAUCCACCUCUCCUCUUGAAGCUGCAGGUAACUGGAACCUCUCGUGGACCAUCUCCCAAGUAGCGGGGCCAUUCACAAAUGUGAGCGGGCUGCUGGUACUUGACGAGAGUUGCCUGCUUCUCUCUUUCCACAGCGAGAAUCUCAUAAGAAAGGUGAAUGCCACAAGCGGGGAAGAGAUGGGGUCGAUACCUGUGAGGGAGCCUUACUCCAUAGCCAAACAUCCAAGCGAAGAAACGGUCUUCGUGGCAUCAAAUGAUAGCAUAAUUGCUCUUUCGCUGAUCCUCCCGGAGAAGCAGCAAACGCUCGUGGGCCCAACGAUAGCUGUUACCAAAAUAGAGAAUGGAAGCUCCACAGAUAACUCGACUGCUGCUGAGUUUCGAUUUCUGCAUCCCAGCAUAGGGCCUCACUCGCUUUCUCCCAAUGGAAGCCACCUUUACGUCGCUGAUGAGGAUAACCAUGUCAUCAGGCGAGUGAAUACGGUCACAGGUGCCACCGAAACCAUAGCUGGGCAAGAGGGCAAUGCGUCUACCAGUAAUGGUUAUCCGCGCAAUGCAAGGUUCUCGUUCCCAAGGUGCCCGGCUAUGAUGUAUGACGGUCUGAAUCUCUUGCUCGUAGAGAGGGCGCCUGGGAUUCGCUGGCUCAUUUUUGGCCAGCAAAAUGGUGCUGUCAAUUACGUGAGCACAAUGCUUGAGUCCAAUCAGUCCAUUGGAUGUGUUACCUUCUCUAAAGAUGACCGCUUCAUGUUCUUUCCAGCUGAUACCCACAUUUUCGUGCUGGUGAACUUCACAAUGUUCCCACAUGGUGUCGCCUCGCCAGCCCCUCCCGCACUCACCAGUUCUAUGCCACCGUUGCCACGCAGUGAACGCACCCCCUCUGGCGAGCAGGAUCCCGGAGCAAAGCCCAACGGGGGCACGACCUCGGAAUCACAAUCCUUUAGACACCUUACUCUUGUGGUCGUGCUUGCUUUGGUGUUUGCUACAGUACUCUUAAUUGCUCUGAUCGUUCUAGUCGGUAUUAUGCAUCGCCGGUCCGCCGACGUCGAUACGAUAAGGCCGACUUCUCCUCCAGACCGUCAGUAUCACCAGGGUGCCACAUCGACAAGACUGCAACAGGCAGGGCGUCCUCAGUAUCACCAUGGUGCCACAUCGACACGACUGCAACAGGGAGGGCCUCCUCCAGCGCAACAUGUCCAAAGGCAUCCUCGAGAGGUCUGUAACGUGAGACUCCGCACAAUUCCCACUGCUUGUGAGGCAAGACCAGAAGAGGACCCGGCUUUUCCUCCAGACCCUCAGUCUCUCCAGGGUGCCACAUGGACAACCAGGACAAGACCGCAACAGACAUGGCAUCCUCCAGUGCAACAUGACUGGAGACAUCCUCCGGCGGACGGCAAUGCGAGACUCCACACAAUUCCCACUGCUUGUCGUACAAGACCACAAUUUCAAGGCGAGCCGUCGGAAAACAGAAUGCUCAUGAACGAGGUAUGUGACCGCCCAGACGACACCUUGAAAGAUCUCGACGGACCUUUGACAUCAGACAGGUGGGAAGCCGACGACCCAGACCCAAUUUGUGCACCGGCACGCAGGGACGGUAGAUACCCAAAUGUCAUGGCCAAUACCAGGGAUGUGGUUGAAAACCAAUCCAACGACGAGGAGGAUGAGGUGAGCUGAGCAUACGAGGCAAGGAGAAGCUCAGAAACACAAGGCCGAGUCCUCUGGAGAGUAGAGGUUCUACCAGCUCGUGCACAGGAAAGC